AGAGGGUCAACGACGGCGGAAUUUUGUUUUUUAUGCUUCACUCAUUCGACUUACAGUGUUUGCAAUGUGUACCUGUUGUAAGUGUGGAUCGACGUCGUCAAUUAUUGAAAAUGAGUCUUGACCAGUAACGAGACUGCACGGAAUUGUGGAAAUCUUUGUACGCGGAGAGAUUAGAUUACUUUUCAUUUGAGUUCCGGCGGUUGAAAGAGAAACUCUCCGAAUUCGAGGUGCAAAGCUUUGACUCAAAGCCACGUGGUUCCGAGAUCCGUGCAAGCCUUCCGUUCAAGACGAGGCGGGUGGCUUUGUAACGCCGAGUGAUAUCGGACUUAUUUCAUUCUUACUAUUUUAUUUUUGCUAUUUACGAAUCGCGCUGUUUGCUUUAGAUUAAGGCUAAGAAGAUCCCGAGUGCUUCUUCAAGAAAUACUCAGACCAAAUGUCGGUUUCGGUACGUGAAAUCCGGCUCGCACUUCCACGUCUGGGUUUGAAUGGAAUUCGGAAUCGCUGUGGGAAAAUUGGAAGGUUAACAAAUUGAAAAACAUUCCACAACGUAUUUGCACGAACAACUUGAUGAUUAGAUUAAUUGAAUCCCACGAAUUCCCAGCAGGGGAUGAGCAGAAAGUAAUUUUCAAAAAGUAAACAAAAACCACCAACACACACAUGCGGUGGUAAUAAAAUACCUUUCAUUCACCACAUUCGGAAUUUCCCACAGUCGUGAGUUUGCUUGUUUUUUCAAAAAAUUCAAAACACCCACAUGAUUCACGACAAAUUCGCGUCCAUGGUUGGUUGGAAUCCGCACUCCAUUUUUCAUAUUUUCCACAUCUGUUACUACUAUCAUGUUCCAUUGUUUUCCUUCCUCGUCCAUUCGUGGCAAAUGUGAUUUCCGAGAACGCAACGGCGAGUGGAAUACUCCGCGAUCUUGAUCCAGGGUCUUAAGUACCACCUCGAGUCAUGAAAUUUAAUCAGGGUUUAAAGGCCGGUGUAUAAAGCUCUGUACGGAGGAGUGAUUCCAUUUUAUUAAAGUGUGUGUGUACCGGUGAAGGUAUCGAAUGUUAUCGAUGCAUUUUUAGAAAUAAUCAGUUUUCCGUUAAACGAAACGUGCACAAACAAACUGCAGUGCGUGCUUCGGAUUCUGUAAUCUUGUGGAAUGAGUUGAAAAUCGCUCAGCCCUCGCAGAAACUAGAGUGACUAACGUGGUUAUUAAAGAGACAGCAACUAAAGCUCGUAGAAAAAGCUAAAAAGUCACAAGAGUGUCAUCUCAAAAAUGGAUUUCACCUUCGUUCUCUUCAUCAUUCUGCUCAGACAUCAAGCCGACGCUGUCAAGCUUCUCCAUAUCCACGUACCACCUUAUACUAUCAAGGGGGAAAAUGCGAUUCUUCAUUGCAGAUACGACUUGGGCCUAGACAAACUCUACUCAGUGACGUGGUACAAGGACCACGAAGAGUUCUACAGAUACGUGCCCCGGUCCAAUCCAACCCAGCACAGUUAUCUCGUCGACGGGGUUAAAGUUGACGCGCACAUGUCGGACAGCCAGCAGGUCUUCUUGAGGCACGUAAGCUUACGCACGAGUGGACUCUACAGAUGUGAAGUGAGCGCAGAGGCGCCGAGCUUCACUUCCGUUCAUGGCGACGGCCACAUGGAAGUUAUUUCGCUCCCUCAAGAGGAUCCGCAGAUCACGGGGGAGGAAAAAGUCUAUGCCAGUGGGGAUAUCCUGGCGCUAAAUUGUACGAGUAGCAAAUCCUUUCCACCAGCACGGCUCAAGUGGUUUAUCAACGGCGUUCCGGCACGCUCGGACUACGAGGCGCUGAUACAACAGCACGGUUUGGUUUCGUCCGUGUCGGGUCUUCGUCUGGAAGUUGGACCGCAUCACCUCACGGAGGGAAAAAUAAACGUGAGGUGUGAGGCAACAGUGCAAUCAAGUCGUCCAAUCAAGGAGCCGCUGAUUGAUUAUCGAAAGGCGCAAGUAUUCGUUCAGGGCAGCGCGUAUCUCCCGAGGCCAUGCUUGAUGUUGCUGGUUGGAUUUUUGACGGUCACUCGGCUACUUGCGCUUUCGUAAAUUCGGAAUGCGAGUACGGUGAGGAAGAACAUGAAGAAGAAAAAAUUCGUGACUAAAGACAAUCAGAGCAGCUGCGAAAAAUCGAAGUGGAUAAUCAUAGAGCUGCGGUCAGGUUAAUACAUCAAUAAUUAUAUGUAUAUGUAUAUAUAUAUAUAUAUAAAACAUAUAUAUACGAAGUGUACAGAAAGUACGUGUGCAAUGUGGAUAGUUGAAUCGUCAUAUCAGUUUUGUAAUUAAUUAUAGUUAACGGUAUUCCUGUUCGAUCUAAACGAAGAGUAAACGUCGUGCUUUUCCUGAAUUAUACGGGGCUUGACUUGGAAAAUUUCUACCAUGAAUUUGGUAAGAUAAUUCAUCCGAAUUUGUUCAAAUACUUCCGUAAAACGUGUUUUGUAUUGUUGUAGGUUAUAAUCUUAUAACCGGACUGAACAUGAUAAAGCUUUUUGACAAAACAAAGCUGUGAAAUACAGAUAAGGAAAUAAGUGGACGAAUUGUGAUGAUUUUUUAUGUCUUGAAAUUUUUGUCACAACAAUGCUUGAAAAAAACGACAGACACUGUAAAAAAAUAAAUUGUACUAAUAAUA